AUGGCAACUGAAAAUGCCACAAACGGUGAUGGAGCCGAACAGCUCAAGCUCCUAGCAAAUGAAGCCUUCAAAGCGCAUAAAUAUUCUCAGGCUAUUGAUUUAUAUACACAAGCGAUAGAAUUGAAUAGUGAGAAUGCUGUGUACUGGGCUAACCGUGCUUUUGCACAUACCAAAUUGGAAGAGUAUGGCAGUGCAAUACAGGAUGCUACUAAAGCUAUUGAAAUCGAUCCAAAAUAUUCUAAGGGUUAUUAUAGACGUGGUGCAGCAUAUAUGGCAAUGGGAAAGUUUAAGAUGGCACUCAAGGAUUUUCAACAAGUCAAGAAAAUAUGUCCGAAUGACCCUGAUGCUGCCAAGAAAUUGAAAGAAUGUGAAAAAGCUGUGAUGAAACUAAAAUUUGAAGAAGCUAUUGCUGUACCUGAAUCAGAAAGACGUUCAAUAGUUGAUUCUAUUGAUUAUCGUGUCAUAGAUGUGGAACCACAAUAUGCUGGUGCAAGAAUAGAAGACGAUAUUGUUACUUUGGACUUUGUGAAGAAAAUGAUGGAUGAUUUCAAGAAUCAGAAGUGCUUACACAAACGAUAUGCAUGCCAGAUUGUUUUGCAAACAAGAGAAAUGUUGCAAUCUUUGCCGUCUCUUGUGGACAUUAAUGUUCCUAAUGGGAAGCACUUCACUGUAUGCGGUGAUGUACAUGGCCAGUUCUAUGAUUUAUUAAAUAUUUUUGAGCUCAACGGACUUCCUUCUGAAGAUAAUCCUUAUUUGUUCAACGGAGACUUUGUGGAUAGGGGUUCUUUCUCAUUAGAGGUCAUACUCACGCUGUUUGCAUUCAAGUGCAUGUCUCCAUCAGCUAUAUAUCUCGCUCGAGGAAAUCAUGAAAGCAAGAGCAUGAAUAAAAUAUAUGGUUUUGAGGGUGAGGUCAAGUCCAAAUUAAGUGAUAAAUUUGUGGAACUCUUUGCGGAAGUCUUCUGUUGUUUACCUUUGGCUCAUGUGAUAAACGAGAAAGUUUUUGUGGUUCACGGAGGCCUUUUCAGUGUUGAUGGUGUGAAGCUCUCUGACAUAAGAAAAAUAGAUCGGUUUUGUGAGCCUCCUGAAGAGGGGUUGAUGUGUGAAUUGCUGUGGAGUGAUCCACAACCUCAACUUGGAAGGGGACCCAGCAAACGUGGUGUUGGUCUUUCAUUUGGUGCAGAUGUAACUAAAAGAUUUCUGCAGGAUAACAAGCUAGAUUUAGUAGUGCGGUCACAUGAAGUGAAAGAUGAAGGUUAUGAGAUUGAGCAUGACGGUAAACUUAUUACCGUGUUUUCUGCUCCGAACUACUGUGAUCAGAUGGGAAAUAAGGGAGCAUUUAUUCGUUUUGAGGCCCCUGAUCUCAAGCCAAAUAUCGUCACUUUUACAGCAGUGCCACACCCUGAUGUCAAGCCAAUGGCAUACGCCAAUAACUUCCUUCGAAUGUUCUCAUAA